GGCACAAGAGCCUGGCUGUGGGCUCCACUCACCCACAGCCUCUCCCAGCUCUCUGCUGACCCUUGGUGUGGGCUUCUCUGCUCGGGCCAAGCUGCACCAGAACAACCUAUAGUUAGCCGAUGGCCAGAGAGCCACUGCCUAAAAUUGCUUCUGGCCAGCCAGGAAAGAAGGAAGAUCCUUGUGCUGAACCAGAGCUGACUUGGCAUCUCAGAGCAAGAUGAUUUCUGGGAAGAACCUGGCUCUUGUUCUAGGGAAAAGGGCGGCUGUUUCCCAGAGAGCCUGGCUGCCACCUCCCCUACCUUCCCGUGCUUUGGUGUUUUGCUUCACUCUCCUCUGGGGCGAGACAACGCGUCUGCUGGAUCAGGUGGGCACACAAUGCACCCUUCCUCCUCUGUGAAGCUCGCUCUCAUGGUCCUGAGGAAUUGUGACUAGAGUCCAAGAAUUUGGAAGCCACAGGAGCCACAAGGACAUUCAGAUCCACCUGUCUAUGCAGAGCUCUACGCAGGAGAUUGGGGAGGAGCUGAUCAACGGGGUCAUCUACUCCAUCUCCCUGCGCAAGGUUCAGCUACACCCAGGAGCCACCAAGGGCCAGCGCUGGCUAGGGUGCGAGAAUGAGUCAGCUCUGAACCUCUACGAGACUUGCAAGGUGCGCACGGUGAAGGCCGGUACUCUGGAGAAGCUGGUGGAACACCUGGUGCCUGCCUUCCAGGGCAGUGACCUUUCCUACGUCACCGUAUUCCUGUGCACCUACAGAGCCUUCACAACCACUCAGCAGGUGCUAGACCUGCUGUUCAAAAGAUAUGGCUGCAUCCUUCCCUACUCCAGUGAGGACGGCGGACCACAGGACCAACUCAAAAAUGCCAUCUCUUCCAUCCUGGGCACCUGGCUGGACCAAUACUCCGAGGACUUCUGUCAACCCCCGGACUUUCCCUGCCUCAAGCAGCUGGUGGCUUAUGUGCAGCUCAACAUGCCUGGCUCAGACCUGGAGCGCCGUGCUCACCUUCUCCUGGCCCAGCUGGAGGACCUGGAGCCCAGUGAGGUUGAGCCUGAGGCCCUGUCCCCAGCUCCAGUGCUGUCUCUGAAACCAGCUUCACAGCUAGAACCAGCUCCCGCCCUGCUUCUGACGCCCAGCCGAGCUGUGGCAUCCACUCCAGUCCGAGAGCCAGCCCCGGUGCCAGUACUGGCAUCCAGCCCGGUGGUGGCGCCAGCCUCUGAGCUAGAACCAGCUCUGGAGCCGCCCCUAGACCCUGAGCCAACCCUCGCACCUGCUCCAGAGCUGGACCCCACUGUCUCACAGAGCCUCCACCUCGAGCCCGCUCCCGUGCCCGCUCCUGCAUUAGAGCCUUCCUGGCCUCUGCCUGAAACCACGGAGAACGGACUGUGUGCAAAGCCUCACCUACUGCUGUUCCCUCCAGACUUGGUGGCUGAACAGUUUACGCUGAUGGACGCAGAGCUAUUCAAGAAAGUUGUGCCCUACCACUGCCUGGGCUCCAUCUGGUCCCAGCGGGACAAGAAGGGCAAGGAGCACCUCGCGCCCACCAUCCGUGCCACUGUCGCCCAGUUCAACAACGUGGCCAACUGUGUCAUCACCACCUGCCUUGGGGACCAGAGUAUGAAAGCUUCGGACAGGGCCCGGGUGGUGGAACACUGGAUCGAGGUGGCCAGGGAGUGCAGGGUGCUCAAGAAUUUCUCCUCCCUCUACGCCAUCCUCUCUGCCCUACAGAGCAAUGCCAUCCACCGCCUAAAGAAGACAUGGGAAGAGGUCUCCAGGGGCAGCUUUCGAGUGUUCCAGAAACUGUCAGAAAUCUUCUCUGAUGAGAACAACUACUCCUUGAGCAGAGAGCUGCUCAUCAAGGAAGGAACCUCCAAGUUUGCCACGCUGGAGAUGAACCCUAGGAGAACCCAGAGGCGGCAGAAGGAGACAGGUGUCAUCCAGGGCACUGUCCCCUACCUGGGCACAUUCCUCACUGACCUGGUGAUGCUGGACACAGCCAUGAAGGACUAUCUAUAUGGGAGACUGAUCAACUUUGAAAAGAGGAGGAAGGAGUUCGAAGUCAUCGCCCAGAUCAAGUUGCUCCAGUCGGCCUGCAACAACUACAGCAUUGUUCCCGAGGAGCACUUUGGAGCCUGGUUCCGAGCCAUGGGACGGCUCAGCGAGGCUGAGAGCUACAACCUGUCGUGUGAGCUGGAGCCCCCGUCUGAGUCAGCCAGCAACACCCUGAGGAGCAAGAAAAGCACAGCUAUCGUCAAGCGCUGGAGCGACCGCCAGGCUCCCAGCACGGAGCUCAGCACCAGUAGCAGUGCACACUCCAAGUCAUGUGACCAGCUCCGGUGCAGCCCCUACCUCAGCAGCGGGGACAUCACGGACGCACUCAGUGUGCACUCAGCUGGUUCAUCCAGCUCUGACGUGGAGGAGAUCAACAUGAGCUUUGUUCCAGAGUCUCCUGAUGGCCAGGAAAAGAAGUUCUGGGAGUCAGCCUCCCAGUCGUCCCCAGAGACCUCUGGCAUCAGCUCGGCCUCCAGCAGCACCUCCUCUUCGUCAGCCUCUACCACACCGGUGUCUACCACACGCACCCACAAGCGCUCUGUCUCAGGGGUCUGCAGCUACAGCUCCUCACUGCCACUCUACAACCAGCAGGUGGGCGACUGCUGCAUCAUCAGGGUCAGCCUGGAUGUGGACAACGGCAACAUGUACAAGAGCAUCCUGGUGACCAGCCAGGAUAAGGCUCCGACUGUCAUCCGGAAAGCCAUGGACAAACACAACCUAGAUGAGGACGAGCCCGAGGACUAUGAGCUGCUGCAGAUCAUCUCAGAGGACCACAAGCUGAAAAUUCCAGAGAACGCCAAUGUGUUCUAUGCCAUGAACUCUGCCGCCAACUAUGACUUCAUCCUAAAGAAGCGGGCCUUCACUAAGGGGGCUAAAGUCAAGCAUGGAGCCAGCUCCACUCUCCCUCGAAUGAAGCAGAAGGGACUCAGGAUUGCCAGAGGCAUCUUCUAAGGACGUCUCCCAGGGGCUGGCUGGCUGGCUGGGGACUAAGCACUUACAGACUAGAGUGGCCCAGGCCACACAGGUACCUCUGCCCUCCUGCCAGCCCAGGCUACUCCCAGACUCCACUUUCACCCCGAACCUGUCCUGCUGCCGGGAUUGACACCUGCCACUGACAGGCUGACCUGGCCUCCGGGGACCGCUCACCGCCUUAGGUGCCUUCUGCUCUCUGCAACCAGAGGACUAGCUGACUUUGCCAAGGGGUGCUGCCAGCUGGGCAUGGAGCCUCGCCUGCCCUGGACAAUGUCCACCACACUUUCCUGUCACCUCCCCAAGUGCAGAUCACUGCCACCCAUGCUCCCAGAUGCUCCAGGACACCCACACACCCAGCGGGGCUGCCAACUGCGUUCUCUCCUUGUGCCCAUAGGCACUGGCCUGGGACCUUCAUGGAGGUCCUAGCCUUUCUUAGGCUGCACCAAAGAUUCCACCUUCAGGGCCUACAGAGUGAGGGAGUCUCGCCCACCACGAGCCCAAGCCCUCCCAUGGAUCAGAGAGAGAAGCCCUCUCAUGGACCGCCUGGUUGGCAUUGAACCCCAUACCACUGAAAGUGCCAUUCACCACCGCUGCGUCCCGGGUGUACAAGACUACAUGCAAUGGGAGGUUUGUGGGGAGGGGGAAGACGACUGGAUAUUUGUAUAAAACGUAAAAAGUUUACUGAUUGGGGUGGGGCAAUAUUUAUUUGUUGUAAAUAGAAAAUGCUAGACUUGAAUAUUAUAUUAAAAUCCCGUUUCUACUA